CGUAACGACGAGCUCUCAUUUCAAACUGGAAGCGCGCGAAAAGAGUCAUGAACCAUAUAUCACUUCAAUCUACAUCACUGCUUACCCACGAUGUUUAACGUUGCAUCGUUAACAAACCGAAGAUUGUGCAGAUACAUUAUUUCAAGUCCCGGUUUUUGUUCACUCAUUGAAGCCUCUGUAAUUCACUCAUUCUCACUCUCUCAGAGCCCCGUUUUUGCCACUUUUGAUCACCAUAAAACAACGCAAGAUAGAGCCUUAACCCAGAAUAAACCAACCGGAUUUUAUUCCCCAAAACCUGAGAUUUCCCUUUAUGAAAAAUGUGAUUUUUUGAUUGAAAAGUACCGGUUUUCUUGUUCGACUUUCGAUGGCGAGCAGCUCCAUUUAGAAAUAAUCAAGAAGGGGUUGGUUAAUCACUUGUUUCUGUGCAACACUGUAAUUAAUGUAUAUGUGAGGAGUGCUGAUUUGGUGUCGGCUAAUAAAGUGUUCGAUGAAAUGCCUGACAAGAAUUUGGUCACGUGGGCUUGCUUGAUUUCUGGUUAUACCCAAAAUGAAAUGCCCUAUGAUGCGUGUGCUAUAUUUGGAAGAAUGGUAUCUACCGGAUUCAUUCCCAAUCAUUAUGCUAUUGGAAGUGCUUUGAGGGCUUGUCAGAAUUUGGGAGUUGAUGGUCUGAGAUAUGGGAUGCAAAUCCAUGGUUUCAUUUCAAAAACUCCUCACACAUUUGAUGUGAUUGUGUGCAAUGUGUUAAUUUCGAUGUAUGGGAGUUGUAUGGGUACAACUUAUGCUAGUCGGGUUUUUGAUGGGAUGGAAAAUAAGAAUUCUAUUUCCUGGAACUCUAUUAUUUCAGUUUACUCGCAGAGGGGUGAUACAGGUUCUGCUUUCGGGCUCUUUUCUAGUAUGCAAAAGGAGGCUUUGAGGUUCAGUUUUAAGCCUACCGAGUAUACUCUAGGCAGCUUGAUAGCUGCCGCAGCCGCAGCCGCAUCCUCUUGUGUUGAUAGUGGUCUGUUAUUGCUCAAGCAGAUGUUGGCAAAAAUUGUUAAGUCUGGAUUUUUAGAGGAUCUGUAUGUCGGUAGUGCUUUGGUGAGUGGUUUUGCCAAGUUUGGGUUGGUUGACACUGCCAAUAAGAUUUUUCAGCAUAUGGGUGCAAGGAAUGCAGUGUCCAUGAAUGGAUUGAUAGUUGGACUGGUGAAGCUUAAGCGAGGAGAAGAAGCAGUUGAGGUGUUUAUGAAUAUGAGAAACUUGGUUAGAAUAAAUUCCGAUUCUUUUGUUGCUCUUUUGAGUGCCUUUGAUGAGUUCUUGUGUUUGGAAGAGGGGAAAAGAAAAGGGAAAGAAGUGCACGUGUAUCUCAUGCGAACCGGCAUCAUUGAUUCUAAGAUCACUAUUGGGAACAGUUUGAUUAACAUGUAUGCCAAAUGUGGUGCAAUUGAAGAUGCUUGCGCUGUUUUUAAGCUAAUGUCUUGCAAGGAUUCGGUGUCAUGGAGUUCUAUGAUCUCUGGUUUUGACCAAAAUGAUCGUUUUGAAGAUGCACUGUUCAGUUUCCGUGCAAUGAAGAAAGCUGGACUGAUGCCAACAAAUUUUACACUGAUUAGUUCUUUGAGUUCUUGUGGCAGUCUAGGUUGGAUCUGGAUGGGAGAACAAAUACAUUGUGAGGGUAUUAAAUUGGGAUUUGAUUUGGAUGUUUCAGUAUCGAAUUCUCUUCUUUCCAUAUAUUCUGAUACCAGAUAUAUUGCUGAGUGCAGGAAAGUUUUUUCCUCCAUGCCCGAAUAUGAUCAGGUGUCAUGGAAUACAAUUGUAGGAGCAUUUGGUGAUUCUGAGUCCUCUAUUAUUGGUGCUGUAGAAUAUUCCAAAAAAAUGAUGCAAGUUGGAUGGAUUCUUAACAGCAUAACCUUCAUAAACAUGCUUUCUGCAGCAGCAUCUCUUUCCCAUUUUGAACUUGCACGCCAGGUUCAUGCACUGGUGUUAAAGUAUCGCCUUAUGGAUGAUAGUGCCAUUCAGAAUGCACUACUCUCUUGCUAUGGUAAGGUCGGAUUGAUGAAUGAUUGUGAAAGCAUAUUCUCUAGAAUGUCGGAGAGAGAUGAAGUUAGUUGGAAUUCCAUGAUAUCUGGAUAUAUACACAAUGAACUUUUAUCUAAGGCCAUGGAAAUAGUGUGGCUUAUGCUGCAUAAUGGUCAAAGAUUAGAUCGGUUCACCUUUGCCACUGUUCUCAGUGCUUGUGCCUCUGUUGCAACACUUGAGCGUGGCAUGCAGGUUCAUGCUUGUGCAAUUAGAGCUUGUUUAGAGUACGAUGUUGUGAUUGGGAGUGCACUUGUUGAUAUGUAUGCCAAAUGUGGAAGGAUAGAUUACGCUUCAAGGUUUUUCAUGUUAAUGCCUGUACGGAAUGUAUAUUCCUGGAACACCAUGAUAUCUGGCUAUGCACGACAUGGUCAUGGACAUAAAGCACUGGAGAUGUAUGCUCACAUGAAAUUGGAAGGCCAGGCACCAGACAACGUGACCUUCGUUGGGGUCUUAUCAGCUUGUAGCCAUGUAGGAUUGGUCGAUCAAGCAUUUGAUCAUUUAGAAUCCAUGAGCAAAAUGUAUGGGUUGACACCUGGGAUCGAGCAUUUCUCUUGUAUAGUUGAUCUUCUUGGAAGAGCAGGUGAAUUUCGUAAGAUGGAGGACUUUAUCAAUAGAAUGCCAAUAAGACCUAAUGUUUUUAUAUGGAGGACUGUUCUAGGUUCCUGUGGUCGAGCAAAUGGUCGCAUGGCUGAUUUAGGCAGGAGGGCUGCUCAAAUGCUUUUGGAAUUGGAACCUCAAAAUGCAGUAAACUAUGUCCUUCUUGCAAACAUGUAUGCCUCUGGAGAGAAAUGGGAAUAUGUUGCUGAGGCCCGUCGUGCAAUGAGGGAAGCAGAAGCAAAGAAGGAAGCUGGGUGCAGUUGGGUCACUAUGAAAGAUGGUAUACAUGUUUUCGUUGCAGGAGACAAAUCACAUCCUGAUGCAGAAGCAAUAUACGGUAAAAUAAAGGAACUGCAUAGGAAAAUGAAAGAUGCUGGAUAUAUGCCUCAGAUAAGAUAUGCGUUGUAUGAUCUUGAACUGGAGAACAAGGAAGAACUCUUGAGCUAUCACAGCGAGAGGCUUGCUGUUGCUUUUGUUCUUAUACGAACUUCAGAACUGCCCAUAAGGAUAAUGAAAAAUCUUCGAGUUUGUGGGGAUUGUCACUCUGCCUUUAAAUACAUAUCCCAAAUAGUGGGUAGGCAAAUAAUUUUACGAGACUCCAACAGAUUCCAUCAUUUCACGGACGGUAAAUGUUCGUGUAAUGACUAUUGGUGAUUGAACAAGCAUUGAAGCAUUGCCAGUCUUGACCAUAUAGUCAUCGAUUCUCAGGCAUUCAUGGGAUCUGUAAUAGAAGACACAACCCAUUCUUUGGCCAAUCUAUGGAUACUUGAGCUGCUGAUUACUGUGUCGUAUUACUCUUCAACUGUUGGAAAUUAUCUGUGAGUUCUACCAUGAGGAGCCAGGAUCAUUUUUAAAGCUGGGGCACCUCACUUUCCAUCUUGGCGGCUUCUGUCCACCAGAAUUUAUUUACAUAAUAAAUGUCUGGGAGAAAGAUUCUCCACGCAUUUUUUAUUUUUAGUUUUCUCAAGUCUUUUAACAUGUUUCCUUGGGUUCACGAAAGCAUCGUUGACCUGAAGUUGCACAUGACACAAAUCAUCUGGAGUUGCCAUUUUGCUCUUCUGAAGCUGACCACAUUCUAGUUGUUUGUCUGGACCAAGUAAUAAUCUCAUUUGUUUGUUGGAAGAAAACUUUUGGUCCAUGAGCUUAUUCCUGAGGAGAUGAUAAAUAAAGUCAAAUAUGCCACAACUGAAGGACAAGGGCCUAUUUCUCCUUGCAGUUUCCCUAUAUUUGUUGUUCGUUUCUCCUAUUCAUAUUGUCCUUACCGGUUUCGAAGAUCUCUUUUAUGCUUCUGAGCUAGUGCUAUCAAGAAUAAAGGAAAAAAGGCUACUCGUAACCCUAUAGAGGUGGGACCACUGCUUUCUUGUGGGGUGGAGUCUCUGUUGGCUAACGUGGGAAGGUUCUCUGUGGAGCAGGCGUUGUGCAAUAUUUUGGCUGCUUGAGAAGUUGGAGAAAGAAAUUCUUUCUUUGCUUAAUGAGUUUCACCAAGCAGAUGCUUGCAAUUAUCAUGAAUCAUCUGGUUAGCUGGUGGAAACUUGAAAAAGGUGACUUGAUACAAAUAGAGGAAGCUACCACCGCAGAUACUUCAGUUAAUAGGUUUUUAGUAUUAUCAUGUAAAUCAUUUAGGUCAAGGACAUGAAAAAUAUAUAUUAUCUAAUAGAAAGAUGGUCUGAGUGGUCUCAGUUAUUAGAUUGAAGGUUGUAGCAUUGAAAUGACAAGGUUGAUCAAUCAUCGAAGGACCCCUUGGCCUCUCGACCCAUAUAAACACAAGAAUGUUUGCUUACCUAGGCUCUUUCACAUGUACGUAUUGUAGAUAAAGUUAUACAAGAAGGGAUUUGAAUCGAGAAAAUUGUUUCUAUGUAAAACCUAUGUCACGGGAUUGCGGAAGAAAAAGAAAAAGAAAAAGAAAAAAGGAAUUGUCAAUGAUUUGACACUUUUGUCUAGCUUAAAGGAUAGUCAAUUAUUUGAUACUUAUUGUCAAGCUUUUGGACUUUUGAAUGUAAGUGUAGUGAUUUAAGAUUUAACAUUCGUGGAAUAACUGUUGGUUUCUUUCAUUAUGAGUAAAGCAAGGUUCAAUGCCUUUUUUU